AUGCAUGGGCAAUUAGAUGAAAAUCUUUCAACAGGAAAAGAUGAUUCAAACCGAAGCUGUUUCAUCGAUGUAUCAAUUCAAACAGCUGACCAGCUUGAACCUGAACAGCCCACUAAAGAACAAGACGGAACAGAAACUUUAAAUAACCAAUCUUCAGAUGCACAAGCUACAUUUGAGGAACAUACAACCGAUACAUCAAUAGUUGGACAGCCUACUAAACCACUCGUAACUGAACAAUCUACAUCCAAUCAAACUACAGAUGAACCAAUCGUAAAUAGAAUACCCACGGACGAGCCACUUGCAGAUGAAGCACUCGGAGACGAACAUCCUACAACUGGGAAUGAUACAAAUGAAGAGGCAUCACUUCAAGCAAAUGAUAACAGUAUCAGUGAAACAAUAUCGAUGUGUUUUAAAUUCUUAGCCGAUAACUCCCAAUUAGCCAAGCUUUACUACUCGAUUGGAAGUGAAAUUUGUGAUGUAACCCAAUGGUACAAGCUGACAUUUUUAGAUCUUCGAUACCAAAAUAUCUCCAAACUGAAUUAUUUUGACAUCAACUUUCCAAUGUUAGAAACCCUCAAUGUAUCACACAAUGAACUCAUUUCUAUAAGCGGACUACCAAACUCCUUGCAGUAUCUAUAUGCUGCCAAUAACAAGUUGACAGAAAUAGAUAUUAAUCAUUUGGAGCGGCUAGAAAUUCUUGACAUAUCAAAAAAUAAGAUUAUGAACUUUAAAGACAUGAGUCGAUUAAAGUCACUGCGCACAUUGGAUGCUGGUUACAACAACAUUGAAACGUGUAGUAUUUUUGAAAACUUACCCGGUUUGAUCAGUCUAAACUUAACACAUAACAAAAUCAGAAGAUUGAAUGGACUACUCAUAGCAAACAUGUCCAUGUUAGAAAUUUUGGACGUAUCAUUUAAUCUAAUCGAACGUUUGACCUCAAUUGAGACCCUACAAAAUCUAGUGGAGUUCAAUAUGAGCAGCAACAACGCGAUAUCCAUAAGUCUUACUCGUACAAUUAAUCGACUCUGUAACUUAAACCUAAGCUUUAACCGAUUGACAGAAUUUGAUGCUAGGUGGUUUCCUAAUGCAAGAAUAGUUUACCUCGACGAGAACAUUAUUACACGAGUUUAUGAAUUAACAAGUACUCCUCGAGUGACUUCAUUCUCACUCAGAAACCAGGAAGAUUUAUACAAUUUUGACUUGUACUAUUUACGAAGUACCCGUAAAUUGUAUCUGUCGGGUUAUCCUUUUCGAAGAAUGACACAAUUUUUUGAUUUUUUCACUCUUAAACACUUGGAAUUGUGUUCGGUUGAGUUGGACGAACUACCUGCGGAUUUCAGCAAUCGAGCACCUAAUCUUAGUCGUCUGCAUCUCAGCAUGAAUCGCUUGCAAGAUAUUAGUCCAUUGAAGCCUCUUAAAGAGUUGAAGCAAUUGGUUCUGUUGGGAAACAAUCUUGUUAGUAUACUAGAUAUUAUUUCGGUGGUUAAGCAUUUAGAAAAAUUGGUUGUAUUAGAUUUAAGGUAA